GAAUCUUGAAAUAAUCCUUGAGAAUCAGUGGCAUAUGAACUGCCACCAGCUCCGUAUCCACCACCAACACCAUAUCCACCACCAACACCAUAUCCACCACCAACUCCAUAUGAUGAACUUUCAUAUGCCGAUGAUCCACCAUAUCCUCCGGCUAAACCUAAACCUCCUCCAUAA